AUGGGCGGGUCUCUGUGCCGCCAGACGAAUACGAUCGAAGUAUAUUUCCACAGGAUGUGUGUCCGGUACCGCAGUGCACCGCAGCGCCCCGCAGCAGCCAUUCAUGAUACCAUCUAUCGCGAACGGCAGCAGAAAGGCAAGGGUCAGUGUCAGUGUGAGAAUCUAAGAGCCCUGUGCCGCUCCAUUUCGUCGUGCUUGGUUUAUGGGAACAAGAGGAUGGGCAGGGUCAACAUACACUUGGUGCAGACGACCACACAAAUGGAAUAUGCAUUGACCGCAUACUACUCGAAUCUAUUAGGGAGGAACGACUAUGGCUCCCGCACUGAGAGAGAAUGGUUCAUUAAGGCUUGGUCAGGCCAUGUACGGCGUUCAGGGAUGAAUUCUUUGUGA